GGCAGGGGGCCGACGGAACGGGAGCGGGGGGUGGGCGGGCGGGAGGGGGACCGAGAGGCCGAGGACAGAGAGAGGGAGCACCAUGUGAGAGGCGGCCCCGCGGAGCACGGCGUUUUCCCUUCUGACCACGGAAGAGAGAUGGAUAACAGUGGAUAUAUUCAGUUUGACGUGCCCGAGUAUAGCAACUGUGUUCUGAGCCAACUAAAUGAGCUACGCUUACAAGGAAAGUUAUGUGACAUUAUAGUUCACAUUCAGGGUCAGCCAUUCAGAGCCCACAAGGCUGUCCUCGCUGCCAGCUCUCCUUAUUUCAGAGAUCAUUCAGCGCUGAGCACCAUGAGUGGUUUAUCAAUAUCAGUUAUUAAAAAUCCAGAUGUAUUCGAACAGUUACUUUCAUUUUGUUACACUGGGAGACUGUCGUUGCACUUGAAAGAUGUUGUUAGUUUUCUCACAGCCGCAAGCUUUCUGCAGAUGCAGUGCAUCAUUGACAAGUGCACACAGAUCUUGGAGAGCAUUCACUCCAAAUUCAGUAUAGUGAGCAUUGACUCUGCGGUGGUCAGUACUGAAGAUAAUCAGGGGAACUGCAACGGGGUCCGAGAGAGCGACAGCCGCUUCUUAAACCCGGUUGAGAUCUCGCCACCGUACUAUGGGCAAGCCAGGCAGGCAGCCACAGCUAACGAGCCGAGGAUAGAUGCCAUGCCCGGCCGGGGAUUUCCCAACCGGGCCAUGGAAGAGAGGCACUCGGACCCGGGCAGCAGCGGCAGCGUCUCCGAGCAUGAGAUCCAGAUCGAGGGAGACCACGAGCAGGUGGAGCUGAUGGCGAGGGAGACCAACCCCAUCGGCGUCCAGAUCGCCGAGGUCAAAGUGAAGAUGGAGAAAUCGGACCGGCCCAGUUGUUCGGACAGCUCGUCGGUGGGAGACGACGGCUACCACACGGAGAUGGUGGACGGAGACCACGUAGACAGGAUGGUGGGCGUGAAUGUCGGCUCGUACGGCCCGGUGUUGCAACAGGCUUUCUCCCUCUCCCAGCCCGCGUCCCAGUCCGCCGCCUUGUCCACCACCUACGGCUGCCUCGCCACUUCCAGCCCGUCCAGGUCCAUGCUGGGCAACUUCAGAGGGCGCGGUCGGCUGAAACGCAACAUGCAGAUCCAGCACGAAGGGCAGGGCGCGGCCGGCCAGUCCUCGAAUGGCGACGACGGGCCGAACAGGCAGAGCUUUGAGAGUACUAACCCUCACGACCACGACGCGAGGGAGCACUGGUUCCCGUACAACCAGCGGCUCAUCUGCAUCUACUGCGCCAAGUCCUUCAACCAGAAGGGGAGCCUCGACCGCCACAUGCGGCUCCACAUGGGCAUCACCCCGUUCGUCUGCCGCUUCUGCGGCAAGAAGUACACGCGGAAAGACCAGCUGGAGUACCACAUCCGCGGCCACACGGACGACAAGCCGUACCGCUGCGAGAUCUGCGGCAAAUGUUUCCCCUUCCAGGGCACCCUGAACCAACACUUGAGGAAAAACCACCCAGGCGCCUCCGAGAUCCGAAGUCGAGUUGAGUCGCCCCUCCGAACUGAGCCGCACACGGGACAGAAAGAAGGCGACGAGCCUUCGCCCACAGACGAAUCCCACAUGGACACUGCAGUGCAGGACGUUCCUCCUCUAUCCCACAUUAACGAAUGAGCGGCUUGGGGCCUAACAAUGCCAAAAGCGCACAAAGAUGCUGAAAAAAAGCUUCGUAUUUUGAGGGUUUCUUUUGUAGAAAAGAGCAUUCGCCGUUUAUAUAAUGUUUCUGGGUCUGAAAUCGCUUCUCCCCUACCCCCCACCCCCCCCCAAUCCAUUUCUAUUUUCCCCUGUAUGGAUUUAACCCUGAAAAUGUUGAAUACUUAAGUGUCUGACGAGCUAUAAUAUAAAAAAUAAAUGGCCAUAUUCAAAAGGGUAAUCAGUUACGGUAACAGGAAGGGAUGUUUGUGAGGCAGCGUAUCGCGAUUAUCACUGUGACAAGUCUAAAUUUCAAUUCACACUCUGCACAGCAGUGAAACAUUCUAUCAUGCUCCAUUUAACUUGCUUUUGUUAAUAGGGGCAGAAAUAUUUUGUUUCCAUUGUCCCAAUGGCUUGAACGUCACACCUGGCACAGAUUGGGUUUGAAGUUCUGCUGCCCCGCGAGUGACGAGGCUGGCCUUUCUAAUCGUCAGCUGGGUGGAAAUUGUUCAUUCAUUGUCAGCCUCGGCUGUUCCUCGCACAACGGGUGCCCUCUGCUGUCCAGUGCGUGUGCAGCAAUCUCCCACACAUACCUCAAAAUAAAUUCCUUUGCAUCAGAAGAUGGCCACAAAAUGCUUCAGUCUGAAGAAGGGUCUCAACCCCGAAAUGUCGCCUCCUCCUUUUCUCCAGAGAUGCUGCCUGACCCGCCGAGUUACACCAGCAUUUUGUGCCUAUCUUCGGUGUAAGCAUCUGCAGUUCCUACACAUUUUCCUAGGAUCAGACUGGGAGAUAUUGUGCAAACGCAAAAUAAAACCAUAACAUCUUGAUUCAGUUUGCAGUGUUAAGCAGUGUAUUUCUAUCUAAUCAGAAUAGCUUUUAUUUUAACUGCUGUGUGGAAUAGUGUGAAUGUUUAAAGGCUAGCAGUGCAGAAACAUCAUUAAGCAUACCUUUUUCUGUUGGGGAAGAGAUCUUUCCGCUCACUAAUACGGGAAAGCUAUAUACAAUUUAUUAGACAGAUUAAAUUUUUAAAAGAUUUUUUUUUCAACAUGAACUACUGAUUUUUCUAUUAGAAUCACGUCUGCUCAUGUUCAAUUAUUGUUAAAGAUGUAAGUGUUCUAUCAGCCAGGAUUAGACCCUGUUUCAUAAAUGCGGGUAUCUUUGGGUGAAUGGUCAGAUGGACAACAAUUACUCUCACUCACUGCGUCGAGGUUCAAAAUUGCCUUAUCUCCUUUGAUGUGUCCGCUAAAAACACGGUGACUUACUGAUGGCGAUGAGGUUAUUGUGUUGGCAACUGUGUUCUUGGUGGCUUGACUGGGAAAGAACGCUUCCUCAAUGCUCAAAUGUGGAGGCAAGCAUCGACAAUGAGAGUCAACCUAAUGACCACCUUGUGAGUGGAAGCAUUUUGUUUAAUUUAGCAAUGUCACAGUUCCAUGUUUUUCCAUGGAUUUCAAUAUCAUACCUCGUUUGCGGGGGGGGGGGGGGGGAGAAUAAAAACAGUAUUUAAAAUACCAGAUGGUACAUGACUACCGUCUGUCUACAUGUUAACCAUGGUUUUGUUUAUACGCAAUUAUAAAUCAUACUUUAAGAUGUAUUAGUGCUGUAUUGUAGAAAUUUGUUUUUAAAGAAGGAAAUCAAGCAAUUUUUAUUUAUUUAAAACUGAUUUUAACCAAAGCCUAUAUGCCUAUUUACCCUGCAUAAUCUUUCUUUAAAAGACUAAGGUUAAUCUUGCUAUAGUGGGACUACUUGGGAGCUCACUGUAAUAUCAGAAGUUCAAAUGACGAUGCUCUAUUCUGUGCCAGUGAUGGCCUGGGUCUGGCACAUACAAUUACGUUCAAAAAUUGCAUAUUGUGCAAAGAUUAAUUUUUAAAAAGGCUUUGACCGUGGGUCAUUGAAGAGCUUCACACACCAUGCAAUGGAUGGAAAUGCUUGGAAUCUAAGCAGAUGUGUGAUUUGUUUUGAAUCACAAGCUUCCGUAUUAAACUAUCAGGUGCCACAUUGCUUGCUUCAGAAGUCUGGGGGGCAAAAUCGACCAGCCUUUUAAAAUGACAAAGUACUUACCUUUCAUCUACUUCAUAGCCAUUGCAAAUGAUUAAUUUAUGAUCUGCAUUGAAAGAAAUUGAACCGCCUCCCUCUGCAAUACUCUUAUGCCCUCUUCCUCCAAAUAAAAACUUUCUAGUUAUAUUUAAUGUACAACAUAUGCUAACCUAACGAACUGUAACCUGGGAUUAUUUGAUUAAGGAUAUUUGAUUACAUGUGUUUCUAAUGGCAUCAAUAAUUGUAUACUUAAACGUUUCUGCUGUAUGUUUUUUACGAGGAAAUAUGACUGCUUAUAACUGUUCAACAAUUUACUAAUUUGAGCACUGUCGCAGAGGUUUUCUUUCUGCAAGAAAGCUCAUUCUUCCAACUAGAGAGAUCCUUCUGCCAACGUUAAUGUUCAUUGCGAGCUUCACCGGGAAGAGUUUGCCGUUAUUAGCUGGCCGGUAAAUGUGGGGGAGGCUUCCCGGCCCUGCGUUGGUUCAGAAUUUCUAGAGUUUAGCCGUACAUGGUUGGAAAAACCUCCUGUGUGACCCGUAAGAAUCUGCUUUUGCCAUUCUUUCUUCAUCCGACAGAAAAGCCAAUAAACUGAUGAAUCCAGGAUUUGCGGUGAGCAAAUAGUUAACGUAUGCAGGCCAAUUGUUAGCGUUUAACAGAGAAACCAUUGGCUUUUUUUUUCCUCAGCCUUGAAAUAUGAAAGUUAUAGUUGGUGUGCAAUAAUCUAUAUUUUUAUUUUUCAUUUUACAAGCCAGAUGAAUAGUUAUUCCAGAAUCCUGUCCACAUUCAACGGACCUCGUCUACAUGCUGUGAUAUUUUACCAAUUUAUUUUAAACUACCAGUACUACUAAACCUUUCAAGUCUGAAUGUUACCUGGUGAAAGUCUAGUCUGUUGCAGAUGACCAUUAUACGGUGGGUCAUUGAGAUUGCCAUCAACUCCAUAUCCAUCCACACUGACCAUGCAGAUUUUUGGGCUCUUUGAGUUUGGAGCCACAAAGUCAAAAGGGCCCUCAGCAGGUGAGGCCAUCCGCAGCUUCUUUAGGGUAUUUACCCUUAUGGUGCUGUUAGAUCAGGUUAGAAUUAUUUAUUGAACCAGCAUUAACAAUUUUAUAUAUAAUAUUUGGGCGAGUACUGUUUAAAAUUGUUUAUAAAUUCUUUAUAUGAACCCUGUAAUAUAAUUAAUCUGGAAUUUUAGUCAACUUCAAAGUAUUGAAUGAAGUUGAUGCUUUCUGGAAUGCAUGUAAUCUUUAAAGACACCUAUAGAGUUUUAAUCUAUUUGUUCAAAAUCCAUCUUAUCCAUUAUAUGUUUCAUAUAGCUGAGUGAAUUAACACUGUUCAGAUAGAUCAAGAGCUAAACUAAUUUUGUUUUGUUUUCCCCCCGAGAAAUGAUUUUCAAUGGGUAAUCUAAUAUUUAGCUGUAAUCCUGAGAAUUUCCAAAACAAAAGCAACUGUGAUAGCCAAGAUACAAUGAAUUCUAUCCAAUUAAGUUUUCUAUCCAUCUAGUAUAUUUUGUAAAUGGUUGAAAUGUUAUCAGCCUAGCAUACUCUGUCAAUUGACCGUUUCAAUCUCUGAGCUACAAUGCCAAAUCCCUUUUGCACUUUGACUUCCUGGUCAGAAAUGCUCGCCGACCUGAACCUCAACAGAUGUAGUUCACAGUAGCACAACAGUUUCAUUUCAGGACCAGUAAUCCAUAGCCUGGACCGAUACUCCACAGAUGCUCAUUCAGGGUCCCUCUUCAGUAGACGGAGAAUACGAACUAAGCUAAUUUGGAAUUGAAAGUUGAGAUCGGUUAAGGGCCUGUCCCACUUUCACGACCUAAUUCACGACCUUUUUUACUCAUGGACAUUUUUCAUCAGGCUAGAAAAACGCCCCGACCUACUUGAUGCCACGAGUACCUACGACUUGCAUCACAACCUACCUACGACCUACCUAUGACCUCGUGACGGCCAUGCUGCGAGUGAGUCAAGGGCAAACUCGACAGAGGUCGUGAAUUAGGUCGUGAAAGUGGGACAGGCCCUUUAGGAUGACCAUGAGGUUACUGAGACAGUAGUUAAAAACUGAUUCACUGUUUGACUGAUGUCCUUUAAGGAAGGAAAUCCAUUGUCCUUGCCCAACAGGGUCAUAGAAAUAUACUUGGUUCUUAAUUGCCCACUGUUCUGGUUUACUAAGCCACUCACUUCAAGGGCAAUUUGGGCACUGCUGAAAUCCCGUGAAUGAAUAGGAGGAAAAGAUUGAGGCAGACACUUUAAACUGUAUCAUUACAGAGUAAUUAGGAAUUCCCUCUGCUCCCCUUGCCCCUUCUCAGUUAAAAAAAACAAGGCAGUAUUCGAAACAUUCACAGUUUGCAAGUUCUGAGCUGUGAUUUCAGUGACAAUGGAGAAAAGUGGAAAAAUAUUUCAUACAUGCCUGCAUCGCUUGCCGACACCAGGCUGAGUUCAAAGACACAGGUGAAUCAAAUAGUAUAACAAGCAGAUAUAGCUUGGUUGACAGAUGCAGCUGCUGCUAAACACUUAAGGUGUGUGUGUGUGCGUGUAUGUGUGUGUGCGCGUAUGUGUGUGUGUGUGUGCGCGUAUGUGUGUGUGUGCGUGUGUGUGUGUGUGCGCGUGUGUGUGUAUAUAACAAAAAAAAAGCUUUUAACAGAGCCAGACUGGGACAUCACACACCUAACACUUCUUUAAACAACCCAUACUGACUUGAUUUUAGUGCAAUGAAUACUCAGUCACAUUAGACACAUACAGUUUUAAAUAAGCUACUUACAAACCAUACUGUGCUUUUUUUAACUUUUGAUAUUUACUAUGUAUAAUCUGUUUAGCAUCAUAAACAACCAAAAAUGUAUUCCACUGUUUUAUCAAGCAGUAUGUUUCAAAGGCUUUGUUUUAUUUUUCAAAAAAACAAUUGCUGAAGGCACCACAAACCCUUUUGAGGGCAUAUAAAACGACUAUAAGGGAAACGAUUUGACACCAUCAGAGCACGUUUCAAUUCACCCACCCACAGAUAUUUAUUGCCUAUAGCACCUCGAGAGCACAAAAUGGCUGCUGGUUUGUCACUAAGUAGGAUGUUAACUUGCCAGGGACCAGCAGAUCAUUAUCCAUGAGAGUGAAGUAAAUUAAGCUAUUAAAGUUGAUGCUCUGACCAUUAAUAACUAGCCAGUUUUGGAUGUAUUUUCUGCCAUGAAUGCAAUCAAUAUUUAUUCAAAAGUAUAUGUUUUUUCUCUUAUCCUAUUAGCUGUGUCUGACUGUGAUCAAUUAAUAUUUCAAUGCUGCUUAAUUGUUUUGAUGUUAAUCCUUUAUUUCUGUACUUCCAUUUUGUUGCUUGUAAACAGCUUUUGUAUUGUUUGAAGAGUAAUAAAUGGGAAGUUACUGUUUUUUUUGUAAAUAAAACUUUUGCUGUAAUGGAA